UCUUCCUGUAGGGUAUUGUGAUUUUGAGAGCGGGAAGAGCCCUUGGGAUAGGAAAGUGGACGUGAGUUGAACAGCGCGUUUGACAAUUGUGUUUUUUAUGAUGGCUGACCAGUGUCACCGGUUUAACCAUUGGGUUAAUGGAAACAUCCUUGAGGCAAAGUAACGGUGCAAAACGUCACAGUAGCACUGUGUCUCGCUACGUGGUUGGUACAAGCUAACGUUAACAACUAACUGCCUGCCAAGUCUCAGCAGUGACAGAGGAACAUGGCUACAUCCACCGUGGAGUACACCAUUGGAGGGGUGAAGAUCCACUUCCCCUGCAAGGCGUACCCAUCCCAGCUGGCCAUGAUGAAUUCAAUUAUACGAGGGCUGAACACUGGGCAGCACUGUCUGCUGGAGAGUCCCACAGGAAGUGGAAAGAGUUUGGCCUUACUCUGCUCUGCCCUGGGUUGGCAGCAGGCUCAGCUUGCUAAAUUGCAGGAAGGAGGAGGCCCUGUAGAUGACAAGAGCCGGCCAGACAAAAACUGUGGAAACUACAAGAAGUCAGAUGUAACCUUCAACUGUCAGUGUGUGUGCCACAGCAGAGCCAACACAGCUACAACCUCAGCCAAACCUGAUGUUGUGGACCUCACUGUGUCACCUUGCAAAGAGACGGCACCACUGCCACCUCCUCCAUCUGAACAUGAGGAGCCACAGGCCAAGAAACAGUCUCUAGCCUCUCGUCUGUCUGAGAGGUUCCAGGCUUUCCUCAAAUCUGACCGCGAGAAAGACGACAACGGCGACAAUGACGAUGACUUCAAACCAGACAGGAAACGCAUUCGCCCUGCUGGGCAUGAGAGCCGUAAAAGGCCACGUCUGGAGCAGGGAGUGAUUUUCUUAGAUGAUGAGCCAGAGCUGGAAAAUAAGCCGUCAGGUUCUCGGAGUUUGAUGGCAGAUACAAACAGCCAGGCAGCUGGGCUGUCCUCAUCAUGCUGCUCCCCUGAACCUUGCUCCCGGUGCCCAUGUGCUUCACCCAAAGACAGUGUGAAGGAAAAAGACAAAGAUGGCAAAAAAAAGAUUCCUAAGAUCUUCUUUGGCACUCGCACACAUAAGCAGAUAACUCAGAUCGCCCACGAGCUGAGGCGCACUGUCUACUCCAGGGUGCCCAUGACCAUCUUAUCCAGCAGAGAUCACACCUGUGUCAACCCAGAGGUGGCGCCUCACUUCAACCGCAAUGAACGCUGCAAGGAACUACUGGAAGCCAAAGAUGGCAGGUCAUGCCGCUACUACCACGGUGUGCAGAGGAUGCGAGAGCAGUACAUGGUACAGCAGGUCCAUGGACUGAAUGAAGCCUGGGACAUCGAGGACCUGGUUGUGCUGGGCAAACGGCUUCAGUCCUGCUCAUACUAUGCCGCCCGUGAACUUCUGCAGGAUGCCUCCAUCAUCUUCUGCCCAUAUAACUACCUGCUGGACCCAUUAAUCAGAGAGAGUAUGGAGAUCGACCUGGCAGGCCAGAUCUUGGUACUUGAUGAGGCCCACAACAUUGAGGACUGUGCAAGGGAGAGUGCCAGCUUCACUUUAAACUACGACAGUCUGUUGACAUCCAGGGAUGAGCUUGACAGCAUGGUCAACAACAAUAUCAGACGAUCCAAACAUGAGCCACUGAGGAACUUCUGCUAUAGCAUGACAAACUGGAUCCAAGAGAGCCAAAGCCUGAUGUCUGAACGGGGAUAUGAAAGCGCCUGUAAAGUCUGGAGUGGGAAGGAUGUAUUGGGCAUCUUUCACACCCUGGGCAUCACAGCUGCUACUUUCUGCCUUCUGAAGCAAAACUUGAUAGCUGUAUUGGAGAAAGAGGAGCGUGUUGGUUUGGUUAAUGGUAAAGAGGAUAUGGUGAAAGUCCCAACCAUCUGCUCAGCUACCUCCACUAUUCUAAAAAGCCUCUUCAUGGUGCUGGACUUCCUCUUCAGGAACAACUGCAGGUUUGCUGAAGACUACCGGGUUGCUCUGCAGAAGAGCUAUGCUUGGACAAACCAGGUCCCACCCGAUACCCCUGAUGCCCAGGGGUUUUUUGUUCGACCACGUGUAAGACAAAGACAGAGCAUCCGAGUCAAGACUGAAGUCCUGACACUCAGCUUCUGGUGCCUCAACCCCGCUGUGGCUUUUUCUGACUUGAGUGGCUCUGUGAAAAGCAUUGUGCUGACAUCUGGAACCCUGUCACCCAUGGGCUCCUUCUCCUCUGAACUUGGAGUGAAGUUCUCCAUCCAGUUAGAGGCCAACCAUGUUAUCAACAAGUCUCAGGUCUGGGUGGGCACUGUUGGUGCAGGGCCCCAAGGCAGAAAACUCUGUGCCACCUUUCAACAUUCUGAAACGUAUGCCUUCCAGGACGAGGUGGGUGACCUGCUGCUCCAUGUCUGCCAGGUCGUGGCCAAGGGUGUGCUCUGCUUUUUGCCUUCCUACAAGAUGCUGGACAAGCUGCGAGACCGAUGGAGCAAAACUGGUCUUUGGGAGAAGUUAGAACAACAGAAAACCUUGAUCACAGAGCCCCGAGGGGGAGGAAAGGGGGAUUUUGAUGAACUGCUCCAGACCUACUACGAUGCCAUCAAAUACUGUGAGGAAAGUGAUGGUGCAUUGCUGAUUGCUGUCUGUAGGGGUAAAGUGAGUGAAGGACUAGACUUCACAGAUGACAAUGCCAGGGCAGUGGUUACCAUUGGAAUUCCCUUCCCUAACAUCAAAGACCUCCAGGUGGAACUGAAGAUGAAAUACAAUGACCAGCACUGCAAGUCCAGAGGUCUCCUCCCAGGCAAUCGUUGGUAUGAGAUCCAGGCCUACAGAGCUCUAAACCAGGCCCUGGGGAGGUGCAUCCGCCACAGGAAUGACUGGGGCGCCCUAAUUCUAGUAGAUGACCGUUACAGGAAUAAUCCCAACAAGUACAUCACAGGUCUGUCUAAGUGGGUCCGCCAGCUCGUCCGGCAUCAUGACACCUUCAGCAACGCCAUGCAGUCUCUGGUAGCCUUCUGUCAGGUGCAACAGAAGGUUGAAGUUUUCCCUGCAGACGGUCAGAGCCCCAGCUCUUCUGUCUCCUCUCCCAAUGGUCACUUGUCAGCCACUGUAGAGGAACAGGGUCUAUCCAAGGCCUCAGAAGCUCAGAUGGCCUGCUCUUAUGUCAAACCGCACAAACCCCAGCCGGACACAAGCCCCUCAACCUGCCAUUUUUUCUCUCUUACACAGUUGAAAGCUGAACAAAAUGGAAAAGCAGAAUGUUUGAAGACAAUGCACCAGCCCCCAGCAGAACCUUUAUCGCAUCAAAAAAGUACAGAGCAGCCUCUGUACCACAUUUUCACCUCCAGCCCCAUCAGCACCCGUUUCAAGAAGCCAAUCUUUAAAGAAACAACAUCCAGUAAGUCUAGCCAACACGUGGAAACAUCUAACAAUUCUGAGCAUAAGAACAAACAGCAGAUCUUCUCACCACAGAGGACUGAGGCUGCUUGUCUUAAAAAAGGGGCCCCAGACACGUACAGUGAUAUCCAAGUGGAACCACUCAACAUGGAUCCGGAGCCUUCUACAGUAACAACCCCUCCAAGCUGUGAAAGUGAACCACCCUCAGCAGACAGUCCAAAUGAAGACGAAGAGGACGAGGACCAGACUGUCUUCUAUACUCCAGAACUUUUCGAGAGCGAAGGCAAUGAAGGCAGCCCACAGACAAAGACCAAGUCACCUUCCAGGGUGGAGAGCCCUGACCUUCUGUCAGGGGAACUUUUUGGCUCUGAGCAGGCCCAGCAACAAGCGUCUGCUUUUGAUGGACAGAGUGCCAUUUCAGUCAGUAAGGAGGGCGCAGGACUGUCACAGGGAAAGGAAGAAGAAAUCAGAGGACAAAGGCAAGGUGAGGAGGAGGAGCAGUUGGAUAACCAGAGCAGGCAGACGGCCAAUAGGCCACGCAGACUGUCCAGGUCCAGGAAGAAAGCUUCCUCAACCCCAACAGGUGGGGGCGAUGAAGUCAAGAGUGUAGGGAGAGUCUGUCUUCAGCAGAUUGAGACCCAGAGCAGCCAGAGGACAGACAAGGCCAGAGCAGAUCAUGAGUCAAAGGUAAACAGAAGACCACCCAGAACCAGUUCCACCAGAGUGUACAGCUCAAAAAAAGACAGAGUUCAAGAGAAUUAUCAGCCACAUCUUUUACCAGCUAUUCAGGAGGAUAGCUGGUUAACCUGCCAACAGACAGAACAAAUCUCGAAUCCAAGUGUAAACAGCGCAGUGAUGGAGUCAGGAAUGUCCUCUAUGGAUGUGAGGGAACACAGAGCUCCUAAAGUGCAUACCACAACCGUCUGUUCCACAAGGACUGAGUUUGACAUUGUAACUCCCAAAAAAGAAGAUGUAGACGUUCUGCAAGACGCUGAAGCAGCCGGAUGUGGAUCUAUGGGUCCAGCAGUAGUUGGCCCAGGAAGUCCACACAGCAGCCAAAAAGUGAUAAAAGUGCGGAGAUUUUGCAAGCAGAAACACAGGAGACUUAGUAAGAUGGCCCCAAACAGAAAGAGAGUCAGAGAGCAGGAGCCAUGCUCUUUGGGACUCUACUGUUCUCUGUGUGAAAAGGAACUACUUCCAGUUGCACGUGAUGCAUUCAGGCUCGCGCUUUGUGAAUUUGACCAUCUAACUUUCCUGAGAAAAGACAGAUUUAUUCCUGCAACACCAACACACGGCUGCCAGUGUGCACCACAUCAACCAUGUGAUUCAGACAACUCUGGGUCAGUGCUGGUUGUCCAAAAUCUCACAUCACUAGAGGGUCUACGGACUGUUCUUCAACCCUACUGUGAUAACAGAUUAACUGCAUAUAAUGCCAUCUGGAACUCUGAGGACAACUCUGUUACCAGAUUUCUGCAGUGCAAAGGCUGUUUGUCUCAAAGCCCCAGCCUGUCUGCACCUGUAAUUGCAGCAGAGGUCCACUACCCUCGAGACAUGGCGCAAGAUCUGCAUUGUUGUAAUGGCAGUGUCCUCAGUAAGAAGAAGUUUCAGCAGUAUACAGUUCAGAUAUCCUGCAAUUUUGUCAGGGUGCGUUUACUCGCUUCUGUUGUUGUUGUUCUUGUACCUCUAACUUCUAAAAAGUGGACACAUGUUGUGCCUGGGGGCAUGUUUUAAUCAAUAACCACCCCCACCCCUUCCACAAUCAGAUUUACAGUGGUAAGAGAACAGAGACACUGUACAAAGUGUCACAGCUUCUUGGAAUGUCUUAACCGUUUCUUAUAACCUUAUUGAUUUGUAAAUCCUUAAGCUGCUUUUUUUACUGAUUUGCUUUGCAGCCAUAAGAUGCCUCUGUGAUAUGCUGUGUCUAUUAAAGGCAUGUGGUCAUGUUUCAGUCAGUAAGAAAAUGGUUUUGAUGUAAUGGAUGUACUACAUAUGCAUUAAUUGUUUUUUAAUUAUUUUAAGACCAAAUUUUAUAUCGAGAAAGUGUUGUUAUCUUUUCAAAAUAGAAUAUGGAUGUGUGUAUAGUAAAAACAACACUGCAGCAUAGUUAGAUAGAUGAAUGGAGGAGUUUAUUUAUGAUUAAUGAAAUGAAAUAGUAUCAGAGGAGCAGGAUGCUAUCUAUG